AUGUUGAUACCGCUUUCACUUGUUGACGAUGUUGCUCUUUUUGAUUUAGAACAACAACAUCCUCGUACCCACAACAACAACAACAACAUGUUACCUGUCUUUGUUCUCUUUGAUUCUCGUACCAUGUCUCACUACCACCACCCAACAACACCACCUUCUUCUUCGUCUCACAACCACAACAAUCUUCCAACAAGAUUAAUUUCUCACAACCGCAACAACAGCGUUUCAUCAACACCAACCUUCUCUGUGGUUGAUGAAACUCUUGUCUAUCAUUCUCAUUUGGCCAACAACAUUCCAAGAAGAUCAAGGAUUCAUCCAACAACACGGUCAUUUAAUCAUGCUCAUCCCCACCACCACUACAAUGGUACUACUAGGGCUUCUGCUGCUGUGGUGAUGGAUGUUCAAGAACAUGUUACAACAUCAACAGAAGAUGCUGUAGAAUCCAUCUGCUCCAUUUGUCUUGUUGACUUGCCUAAUGCUUCUUCCACGCCAAUUCGGUUGCGCUGCUCUCAUGUUUUUCAUACUCACUGCAUUCAGAAAUGGAUUAACAUUCGAAAAAACUGUCCUCUCUGUCGCGCCGAUGUUUAA